AUGUAUACUGCGUACGAUCGCCGGGAGUACGUCCGCAGGGAGCACCUGCCGUUUCUCAGGACACGUUUUUUGAUUUACGACGAAUACCUUAUUACGAGGAGGCCCGCAUCAUUUCUCGAGUUCUCGAGACUCCUCCCACAUGAGUUUGAAGAUUUAUACCAGCGCAUCGCGAGGACGCUGGAGCAUUACCCUACCCAUGCAGGGCCCAUCACAGGGCGCCAGAGACUAAUGCUGUUUCUUAGGUUUGUAGCCAGGGGAGGGACUUUCACUUCAUGCGCUUUAGAUGCGUGCUGUGGAAAGUCGACUGUAUCAUGUUUGGUGGCUGAAGUCACCGAAGCAAUAAUCAGAGAGCUACACGAUUUCGCAUUUCCUCCGCUCACGCGGGAUAUGAUGGAGGAGACGGCUAGACUCACUCAAGAGCGUUUCGAUUAUCCAAGAGGUGUUGCCUUCAUGGACGGCAAACACAUUGCCAUUGACAAGCCUCCACACUCAGGGAGCAUGUUUUGGAAUUACAAAAAUUUUUAUUCUAUUAUACUCUUGGCAAUUGCGGACGGCAACUAUCGCGUACUAGCGUAUGACGUCGGGGCUGCAGGACGCGCCGGCGACGCCGGUGUCUACCGUUCCUCCCCUAUAAAGCAGAGAUGGUUGGACAGCCAUGACGACAUUUUUCCUCCAACCAGAUUUCUCGGAAACGUAGGACCGGUACAGUAUCAUAUACUAGUCGAUGGCGGCUUUGGUCAAGAUUUCCGACUUGUAAGGCCUUACCGGGAACUAGAAUGUGAUACGCCUGAUAAGAGGAGGUUUAAUGAAAAAUUUUGCGGAGCGCGCCGACUCGUUGAAUCCACUUUCGGAAUUCUUGCACAACGAUUCCGAAUCCUAAUGCAGCCUAUGCAUAUGAGCCCGAAAAGAGCGAGCCGCAUAGUUAUAGCGCUUUUGAUCUUACAUAAUAUCUUGCCAAGGAGACAAGAUGUUCUUCAAGGAGUACAACGAUAUCCGCAUGAAGAUGGGCAACUUCAUUCCCUUCAAAGAACAGCGCCUGUAAGGGGUCCGAACGCAGCAAAACUAGCUCGCGAACGAAUUACCAUGUACUAUGUGGACAAGUAUGGCCAUGCUGUCGAUUGA